AUGUCUGAUAGAAACCAGAACGACAAUGAGUCAGGGCCCCAGGGUCCUCCAAACUCCCCGGCCAACCAUCAGAACGACGCGACGGACAAGCCGAAGGGAGACUCCGACAUGGUUGCAUUGGAGGGCAAUCCGCCUCCAGGUUCUGCUAGCGGCGAUGGAGGAGACAAUCGCGUGGGACAAGAUCACUUCAUGAAGGAGAUCCUGGAGGAAGAUGAUUGA